UUUACUUUCUUCUCUCAACAUGUUCAAGAUUUUGCUUGUCUGCGCUUUGUUCGCUUUGGCUUUGGCCAAUGAUGAAGUUCUCAAGUCCGUGAAUGAAGUUAACCCCGAUGGCUUCAGAAUUGAGAGCGCUCUAUCUGAUGGAUCCGCACAGGAAGCCACUGGUGAUGUGCAUGGCAACAUCCAUGGCAGCUUCGAAUGGGUCUCCAAGGAGGGUGAACACAUCCGUGUCCAAUACGUAGCCGAUGAGAAUGGAUACCAGCCCCAGAGCGAUAUCCUGCCCACUCCACCACCAAUCCCAGCGGCUAUUGCUCGCGCCAUCGAAUGGAUCGCUGCCCAUCCCAGCAAGGAUGCUCACUAAAAUAUCCCUACGCCUUUCGACCACCAUCAAUGAAUCGCUGAUCAAUCAUAUAAAAUAAUCAGAAAAAUAAAUAAA